AUGUCAAAAGCACCGUCACAAAACGCCACAAAGAAAUGGGUAAGCCAACGUGCGCUUGCACGUUCGGAGGACUCAUCAAACCGCAAGACCAACGUUGCGACACAGCCACCACCUCCUGCUGCCCCCGAGCAUCCCACACCACCACCAGCGCCAACAGCAGCGCAGCUUCCACAAUCUUUGGUGUUUGAACGCCAGGAUGCAGUGGAUAUUCUGAGUAAUCUUUACCAUAAUACUGAAUCUGUGCAAACUAUUGAAACGGGACCUUCUAUAUACGAACCGCGUGAUGCUUCGAAGUUUCAUGAGGAACUUAUGGAAUGUCUUAAAACAGCAGGUUAUGUGUAA